AUGGAGCUCUCAAGAGGCCCUCCGCGGGUCAAGAACAAGGCCGCAGCGCCUGUCCAGAUUUCCGCCGAGCAGCUUCUCCGCGAGGCUGUCGACCGCCAGGACACUGGCCUCCAGGCCCCGACAACACGCUUCGCCGAUCUCGAGGAGCUGCACGAAUUCCAGGGCCGCAAGCGCAAGGAGUUUGAGGACUAUGUUCGACGAAAUGCACUCAAUCUCAACAACUGGAUGCGCUACGCUGCGUGGGAGCUGGAGCAGAAGGAGUACGCCCGUGCCCGAUCCGUCUUUGAGCGAGCGCUGGACUCGCAUCCCAACUCGGUGCAGCUAUGGAUCCGGUACAUUGAGGCGGAGAUGAAGAGCAGGAACAUUAACCACGCGCGGAACCUCCUGGACCGUGCCGUGGCCCGAUUGCCGCGCGUCGACAAGCUGUGGUACAAGUACGUCUACAUGGAGGAGAUGCUGGGCAACAUCCCGGGCACGCGCCAGGUCUUCGAUCGCUGGAUGCAGUGGCGACCCGACGAGGCGGCGUGGAGCGCCUAUAUCAAGCUGGAGAAGCGCUACGGCGAGUUUGACCGGGCGCGCGACAUCUUCCGGACGUUCACCCUGGUGCAUCCAGAGCCGAGGAACUGGAUCAAGUGGGCCAAGUUUGAGGAGGAGAACGGCACGAGCGACCAGGUGCGCGACGUGUUUGGCGAUGCCGUCGAGGCGCUGGGCGACGACUUUGUGGACGAGCGCCUGUUCAUUGCGUACGCGCGUUUCGAGGCCAAGCUCAAGGAGUACGAGCGGGCGCGCGCCAUCUACAAGCACGCCCUGGACCGCCUCCCCCGGUCCCGCUCCAUGGCCCUGCACAAGGCGUACACGACGUUUGAGAAGCAGUUUGGCGACAGGGACGGCGUGGAGGACGUUGUCCUGUCCAAGAGGCGGCGAUACUACGAGGAGCUGGUCAAGGAGAACCCCAAGAACUACGACUCGUGGUUCGACUAUGCGGGCCUGGAGGAGUCGUCCCGGGACGCCGAUCGCGUGCGGGACGUCUACGAGCGCGCCAUUGCGCAGGUGCCCCCGACACAGGAGAAGCGCCACUGGCGGCGGUACAUCUACAUCUGGAUCUUCUACGCGCUCUGGGAGGAGACGGAGGGGGCCGACGUGGAGCGGGCGCGGCAGAUCUACCAGACCUGCCUCGGCCUCAUCCCGCACAACAAGUUCACUUUUGCCAAGAUCUGGCUGCUGGCGGCCCAGUUCGAGAUCCGCCAGGGCGAGCUCACGGCGGCGCGGAAGCUGCUGGGGCGGGCCCUGGGCCAGUGCCCCAAGGACAAGCUGUUCCACGGGUACAUUGACCUCGAGCGUCGGCUGUUUGAGUUUGUGCGCUGCCGCACGCUGUACGAGAAGCACGUCGAGUUCAACCCGGCCAACGCGACGACGUGGAUCCGCUUCGCCGAGCUGGAGCGCGGCCUCGACGACCUCGAGCGCGCGCGGGCCAUCUUUGAGCUCGCGACCAGCCAGCCAUCGCUCGACAUGCCCGAGCUCUUGUGGAAGGCCUACAUUGACUUUGAGGAGGAGGAAGGCGAGUACGAGCGCGCGCGCGACCUGUAUGAGCGCCUGCUCGACAAGACAGACCACGUCAAGGUCUGGAUCAGCUAUGCCCACUUUGAGAUCAACAUUCCCGAGGACGACGAGGCAGACGAAGAAGAAGAAGAAGAGGAGGAAGCACCCGUCAGCGAGGAGGCCAAGGCGCGCGCGCGCAAGGUCUUUACGCGCGCGCACAACCGCCUGCGCGAUGCCGACCUCAAGGAGGAGCGUGUCACGCUGCUCAACGCCUGGCUGGCGUUUGAGCGUACGCACGGCACGGAGGAGGACGUGGAGGGCGUGCAGAAGCAGAUGCCGCGCAAGGUCAAGAAGAGGCGGCGGGGCGAGGACGGGGACAGCUGGGAGGAGUACUUUGACUACGUCUUCCCGGCGGACGACCAGCAGGCCAAGGGCAUGGCGAGCAUCAUGGCCAUGGCGCAGAAGUGGAAGCAGAGCGGGGGGGAGGUGUCGUGA